CUUCUCCUGCUGUGGGUUAGGGCCGGUCUGGUCCCCAAUCCACAGCCCCUUACUUAGUGUCGCAGUCCGCCCACGCCCCGGAUUCGGGCUGGGUCUUGAGAGAGGCGGGGAGGGGGUAGUGGCGGUUGGAAAGUCAUCGUACUUCUCUGUCGAGUUGGAUCAUGGAUUUCUGUUUUAGCCCUUUAAGUGGGAAGUGAGGUCAGGGAUUUUUAUUUUUAAUUUUCGGUAGAAGCAGAUUGACAUCAGGGCCCUCCGAACCAAGAAGGAUUUAACUUAAUGCUGCUCCCGUGUUUGAAGGAGGACAAAAAAAAAAAAAAAGUCCCACCUGGCAAAAAUUUCGUAACGUCUUCAGUAGAAAACACCAGGUAUCUUUUAAAUCGCGAUAGCUAUCGUUGUGUGUCAAGGCUGCAUUAAGCGACGCUCCCAGGGUAGCUAGGUUUUAGGUCUGAAACAGAUGCAGAAUCCAAAGGCAGCGCAAAAACCAGCCAUCGAUUUUGCUAUGCCUCUGAGCAGCGAGGUAAUCUGCCAGCUCCAUGGAGUCUGAGCAGCUGUUCCACAGAGGCCGCUACAGAAACAGCUACAACAGUAUCACCAGUGCGAGUAGCGAUGAGGAGCUUUUAGAUGGAGCAGGCGUUAUUAUGGACUUUCAGACUUCUGAAGAUGACAAUUUGUUAGAUGGUGAUACGGCAGUUGGCACUCAUUACACAAUGACAAACGGAGGGAGCAUCAACAGUUCUACACAUUUACUGGAUCUUUUGGAUGAACCAAUUCCAGGUGUUGGUACCUACGAUGAUUUCCACACGAUUGACUGGGUACGAGAGAAGUGUAAAGACAGAGAGAGGCAUCGACGGAUCAAUAGCAAAAAGAAAGAAUCAGCAUGGGAAAUGACAAAAAGUUUGUAUGAUGCGUGGUCAGGAUGGCUCGUGGUAACACUAACAGGAUUGGCAUCAGGAGCACUGGCCGGAUUAAUAGACAUCGCGGCUGAUUGGAUGACUGACCUAAAAGAGGGCAUUUGCCUCAGUGCGCUGUGGUACAACCAUGAACAGUGCUGUUGGGGAUCUAAUGAAACGACAUUUGAAGAGAGGGAUAAAUGUCCACAGUGGAAAACAUGGGCAGAACUAAUCAUAGGUCAAGCAGAGGGUCCUGGUUCUUACAUCAUGAAUUACAUAAUGUACAUCUUCUGGGCCUUGAGUUUUGCCUUUCUUGCAGUUUCCCUAGUAAAGGUGUUUGCUCCAUAUGCCUGUGGCUCUGGAAUUCCAGAGAUUAAAACUAUUUUGAGUGGAUUCAUCAUCAGAGGCUACUUGGGAAAAUGGACUUUAAUGAUUAAAACCAUCACUUUAGUACUGGCCGUGGCAUCAGGUUUGAGUUUAGGGAAAGAAGGGCCCCUGGUGCACGUUGCCUGUUGCUGUGGAAAUAUAUUUUCCUACCUCUUUCCAAAGUACAGCACAAAUGAAGCUAAGAAAAGGGAGGUGCUGUCCGCUGCCUCUGCUGCAGGUGUGUCUGUCGCCUUUGGGGCCCCGAUUGGAGGAGUGCUUUUUAGUCUGGAAGAGGUUAGCUAUUAUUUUCCUCUCAAAACUUUAUGGAGAUCAUUUUUCGCUGCUUUAGUGGCUGCCUUUGUUUUGAGAUCCAUCAACCCAUUUGGUAACAGCCGCCUCGUCCUCUUCUAUGUGGAGUACCACACGCCGUGGUACCUCUUUGAACUGUUUCCCUUUAUUCUCCUGGGGGUGUUUGGGGGGCUUUGGGGAGCCUUUUUCAUUAGGGCAAACAUUGCCUGGUGUCGUCGGCGCAAAUCCACUAAAUUUGGAAAGUACCCUGUUCUGGAAGUUAUUAUUGUUGCCGCCAUCACUGCUGUGAUAGCCUUUCCCAACCCUUACACUCGCCUCAACACCAGUGAGCUGAUCAAGGAGCUCUUCACGGACUGUGGCCCCCUGGAGUCCUCUUCCUUGUGUGACUACAGAAAUGACAUGAACGCCAGUAAGAUCGUGGACGACAUUCCCGACCGUCCAGCGGGCAGCGGCGUGUAUGCAGCCAUAUGGCAGUUGUGCUUAGCACUCAUAUUCAAAAUUAUAAUGACAGUAUUCACUUUUGGUAUCAAGGUCCCAUCAGGCUUGUUCAUCCCCAGCAUGGCCAUUGGAGCGAUCGCAGGCAGAAUUGUGGGGAUCGCGGUGGAACAACUUGCGUACUAUCACCACGACUGGUUUAUCUUUAAGGAAUGGUGUGAAGUUGGGGCUGAUUGCAUCACCCCUGGCCUUUAUGCCAUGGUUGGUGCUGCUGCAUGCUUAGGCGGUGUGACCAGGAUGACUGUCUCCUUGGUGGUCAUUGUUUUUGAGCUGACUGGAGGCUUGGAGUACAUUGUCCCCCUUAUGGCUGCAGUGAUGACGAGUAAAUGGGUUGGAGAUGCCUUUGGUAGGGAAGGCAUUUAUGAAGCGCACAUCCGACUGAAUGGCUACCCUUUCUUGGAUGCAAAAGAAGAAUUCACUCACACCACCCUGGCUGCCGACGUCAUGAGACCUCGAAGGAAUGACUCACCCUUGGCUGUGCUGACACAGGACAAUAUGACAGUGGAUGACAUAGAAACCAUGAUCAAUGAAACCAGCUACAAUGGCUUUCCUGUUAUAAUGUCAAAAGAGUCUCAAAGACUAGUGGGAUUUGCCCUCAGAAGGGACCUGACAAUUGCAAUAGAAAGCGCUAGGAAGAAGCAAGAGGGCGUCGUCGGCAGUUCUCGGGUGUGUUUUGCACAGCACACCCCGUCACUUCCAGCAGAAAGUCCUCGUCCUUUGAAACUUCGGAGCAUCCUGGACAUGAGCCCGUUUACAGUCACAGACCACACCCCGAUGGAGAUCGUGGUAGAUAUUUUCCGAAAGUUGGGUCUGAGGCAAUGCCUUGUAACUCACAACGGGAUUGUCUUGGGGAUCAUCACAAAGAAGAACAUAUUAGAGCAUCUCGAGCAACUCAAGCAGCACGUGGAGCCCCUGACGCCUCCUUGGCAUUAUAACAAAAAAAGAUAUCCUCCGUCAUAUGGCCCAGACGGCAAACCAAGACCCCGCGUCCAUAAUGUUCGACUGAGUCCCGUAGAUGAGGAGAGAGAGGAGACAGAAGAGGAAGUUCAUUUGUUGAAUAGCACAACUCUUUAGCCUGAGGGAGUCGUCUACUUUUUUUUUCUCCUUAAAAAAAGAAAUUGUAAAAGCUGGACCUUUGCAACAGGGUUUGCAAACAGUGCUGGUGGUAUGGAGGAGUUUUGUGGGGAGGGGCAGGAGAGAGAGAAGGAAAGGAGGAAUGAGGCAUUUCACCACCUCACUGAGAGCAGCAAAUCAAUUCCUCUGGUUCUGCACUGGAUGCAUUCAGCUGCGAUUUGCCGUGAUAGUGCAGGCCGAGCCUCCACGGAGCUGACACCGGAGGUCUUGAGCACCUAGCCUGUUACUCUGAUCUUGCAAAGACCCGCUAUCAGUCCCUGUUUCCGGAGGGAUUACUCUGAAUUGAGCCAUCUGUAAGACUGCAGGGUCUUGCCCUUUUUUAUCAAACUGUUCUGUUGAACUCAUGAAUUGUACAGUUAACCAUUACCUUUCUACAUUCCAGAAGAGCAUUUCUUUCUCUUUCUCCUGAGUUGUAACAAAGCCUCUUAAACUGGUGUACCCUUUGGAAGCAGUCCUUUCUCAUAUUGAGAUGUACUGAUUUUACUGAGGUCCACCCCAAGAAGGGAGCGUGCCGUGUGCCAUGAAGCAGGUAGUGUGCACCAUCGCCGUGUGCUUGGACCAUCGCACAGGUUCCACAGCCAGGCAGGUGCAACUGGUCAAACCUCAUAGGGCGUGAUUGAAAUGCCCCAGCUUGCGCCCGGCCCGGCUGAGAAUCAACCACGGAACUUGACUUUUAAGGAUACACAGGUUUUUGUUGUUGCUGUUUGGUUUGAUAUUUUUCAUCUCAGACUUUAUGGGUAAUGUGACCUGGUCUUAUGCAAGUUUUUCACUUUCGAAACUCUGACAGACAAGUGCUGCUCAGCACAAGGAAAGAAGAUGCUGCUGCGUGACCAGGGCAGAGAAGGACGUGUUCUGUCCAGCUGUGUCUGGUAUUAACUGCAUGUUAAAGACACUGGAACUUUUUCCCCUUAAAAUUAGUCAGCCUUCCCCACCCCACCCUUUCCUCAAGAUGUUUUACUGCUGACACUGGAGAAGAAAUGUAAUUCAUAACUUGCACUAAAUGUAUAUUUCUUUCCUAAAAAAUUUACCAUUCUUAUUUAUAUUUUUAUGGAUUAAAAUUUAUAAAAUACAGAUCAGUUAAUAUCUCAAUUAAGUAAUUUUACCCUCUUAAUGUGAUUUUUAUAGACUAAUCCAGACAUACAAACAUGGAGAUAGGAACAAAGUUGACAGUGAAGUUGUGGUUAUUUCUGGACGCUCCACUCUGCACAUUAACCUUUUCUGCACUUUCACUGCCAGCUCCUGCGUUCGCUCUGACUGUCCAUGUUCAUGCCUCCUUAACGGGAAGCCUGGAACACUACAAGUCACUUUUCAAAUUAAAACCAAAAGUUAAAGAAUGUUAACCCUUUAAAAUGGAAAAAUAGAAUCACUAGGUAGCGGUUAACAGUUUGGACGUCAAUACAAUCUAACCUGGGAAUCUGGGGGUGGAACGGUCAUCCGGAGGGCGGGUGACAGUGUGCACUUUUGAGCACAGGGUUGAAAAGACACGGAAGAGUGUGGGGUGGUUUUUUGGUGACAUGUCUGUUUUUAUCGUGCUUUUAAUUUACUGCGAGGAAGGGGGAUAGACUCAGAGGAACUGUCCCAAAUACUCUGAUUAUCCAUCUUUGGUAAGCAAGGGAUUUUUUGCAGACAGAUGUUUUCUAAAACACAAGAACAAAUUAACUUUUUUUCCUUCUAUUUUGGAAGGGAGUCCUCACUUUCUAGUUCUUAAUACAGGUAUGAAGGUCAUGAAGAGCUUAUAUAAGAUCGUGAAGCAAUAUUAGAAUGACAACUGAAAGUUGAGAAAAAUCCUAAGAUUUUAAAAAUCUGACAGUUUUCGUUGUGCUGUUUGCUUGAAAUCAGUAUUUUGCUAUAAUUCUGUCAUUCCUUUGGCAGACAUUGUUUUCCUCAUAGCCCCUUUGAAGUUCAUUUUGGACAUCCAGGCUCAAAUCCUUUCCGAGUGAUAAUUCUGUACCCCUCCGGCCUAAGUGGGCUUGCAGUAUGGUUGGCACUGCCAACGGAGCCUGGUGGGGCUGUGAGCCGGCAUUAGGCUGUAAACUGCCAGGUUGGCAGUUCAAACCCACCGGUUGCUCCAUGGGAGAAAUGACGCUGUCAGUGCCGUAAAGAUUGGAGGUCUUACAUAGAAUCGCUGUGAGUCAGCACUGACACUACAGUAGAGCAUUUAAUUUUGUUUUAGGCACUGCUAAGGUCUGAACUCCCCAGCCUGGCUACUGGAUAAUAUGAUUCUUGUCCUAAACUGCAAGACUUCAAAGGAGAGACCCAUUUUCAUGCACACAGUUUUAUACAUAAACUCAACUCCAUUCCCCACAUUUCCUGUUUUGAUCUCCCCUUUCCACUGGCUAGCCUGCUUUAGAGACACACAUGUUCAGGGUGAGUACUGAAGUGCUAACUUGGCUGCUUGCGUAUAGGGUUUUCAUUCCUGGUGUGUCUUACUGCUGGGACACGAGAGGGGACGUACAUUGACUGCAUUCGUUUGGUCCCUUUGGCAUGACUGCUCUGUUGCAGUUCCCGAUCCCUGGAGCUAUGCCUGCUUUUAAACCCAACCAUGACAUGGUAGACACCGGAAAUAACAUGUGCCUGGCCAAUUGGCAGAUGAACUGGCCAGUAUGAUUAAGUAUAGCGCCUUAUUUGUCUCCCCAUGUUGAGGAAGGUACUGUGAAAAUGGGUGUCGCCAUCUUCUCAUCCAUGAUUGUUUUCAGAUUUGGUUCAUGAAGAAUGCUCAGUGUACUUAAUCUGUGACAUUGCCUAACCUGUAUUUAUCUGUUUUUACUUAUAGUAGUGUAGUAAAGCUGCCUAUCAUUACAGUGAAAUGGAUUGCUGUAAUGAGCUAAUCAAAGUCUAUUAAAAUCUCUAUGACAAUG